UGGUGCUUAAGAGGAGAUCCGGAAGCAUGGCCUUCUUGGCAUGGAGCCUACCUGCGCUUUUCUUUUCCUGGUUUUGAUUUCACUUUGAAUGUAUAGCAAGUGUGGUGGAUCGGGUUGAGGGAAUGCUUGAAGUUGGGGGAAAGGCGAAACAUGCAGGGAGCAAUUCAAGCACUCCGUUUGCACGGGAAUGCCCUUAAGCGAGGUGUUCUCCAACACAUGCGUGUGAACCCAGCGAUGUUACCUACUGUGUUUUCACGUUUUGAGUCAGUUUCGCCUACACAGUUGGAAGAGCAUGGUUUUGAAAGCACGACUAUCCGGGAUGUUCUUACAGCUAAGGGGAAGAAUGCUGAUGGUUCCUGGCUGUGGUGCACAACUGAUGACACUGUUUAUGAUGCUGUCAAAUCUAUGACACAACACAAUGUUGGAGCUUUAGUUGUGGUGAGACCUGGAGAAGAGAAGGCAAUUGCUGGAAUUGUUACUGAGAGAGAUUAUCUCCGGAAAAUGAUUGUACAGGGAAGAUCUUCCAAGUCAACUAAAGUUGGUGACAUCAUGACUGAAGAGAAUAAACUGAUCACAGUGACUCCAGAUACCAAGGUUCUGCAGGCAAUGCAACUGAUGACAGAGAAUCGCAUUAGGCACAUCCCUGUGGUCAACAAGAAAAGCAUGAUCGGCAUGGUGUCCAUUGGUGAUGUCGUUCGCGCUGUUGUUAGUGAGCAUCGCGAGGAGCUGAGCCGCCUCAACGCCUACAUACAAGGAGGGUACUAGACCAAGCCGCUGUAGAAUCUAAAUAAUGGUAGGUGAUGAUGGCGAAGAACUCUUCCAAGUUUGCUUUGAGCAUAUAUAUACCACAACCCAUGUACAAAUGUGGUGCAUCUUCUUCUUUCUUGUGUGUGUCAGUGUGUGUAGGGUUUCUCUAACCAAGCAAACCAACCUUGGUUCUGGCUACUAGCCAAUGUUCAUGUAUAAAUCUCCUUGAAUCGUGCUGUGUU